GGGAGCUCGAGCGCGCGCGCGCGCGCGGCAGGUAGGAAGCGCGCGCAGCCCGCGCGCGGUUGAGGGAUGAGGAGGCUAUAAAGGCUCGCCGCGGCCGCUGUGGGAGCGCCCCGGCUCGUUCGGGCGGCGCUGGGCAGCAAGGCUCUUCAGGGGUUCUGUGAAGAUGGUUGUUCCUGGGAGUGCCCCUGUAAUUCAGCCAGACCACAGUCUUGGAACAGAGCUGGGCAGAGGUUCAACAGAAGGCUCUGCAAUGGGUCCAGGUGCAGAACCAAUGACUGAUGAAGUGGGCACGGAACUGGAGGAGGUACGGAAGCUGCAGGAACUUGUAAGAAGACUUGAGUUCCAGAAUCAGCAGUUGAGAACUAGAAGCCUCCGAAGUGUGCCAGAGGCAAAACUGCUGAGCCAGGCUGCUGCUGGAGUAGAUAAUUGCAAUUCCAGGCUCAAUGGAAUGGAAAUGAAUAAUAGCAUCAACGCUCUGAUGGAUAAGCAAGAGUUGCAGAUGGUGGCAGACCUGCACUCUGCACUAAGUAAAAUGAAGUCGGAAGCAGAAGAGAGAGAAGACUGUUUGAAAAAAGAUGUAGAGGCCACAGUGCAGCAUAGCUGUGCCACUGCUUCUGGGAAAGCAUCUUCCAACACACAUUUUGUGAGCAGUACAGAAAAGCAGAGCAGUGAUGAUAAUACCAGCUUCUCCAGCUGGGACUGUGGCGGCACAGUGCAUGUGGAAAACUUCACCAUCGGAGGCAUUGAGCCAAUAGUGAGAAUGAGUGAAGAAAGUACAGCUGUAGAAGACCUUCUGAGUGAGACAACUCUGGAUAAGGUGGAAGUGCUAGAGCUUGAGUAUGGGACUGAUGAAGAGGACAGUUGGCUAUAUGUCUCACCAAGAAAGUCAUCUAUAGAUGAAAAGGAAUCUCCCUUGAAAUGGUGCAGGCAGGUGUUGGAUCACCCAAGCCCUGAGACAGAGGCAGCCUGCCGCACCCUCAUCAAUAGGCUUGACCAAGCCAGUAGGUGGAAAUCCCUGUAUUGCAGUCCGCUGGCGUCUCCAAGUGUGCAUAACUUGAAUACAGACACAGGGUCCUGUAGCAAUGCACUAAACUCUCCUGGGCACUACAAAUCAACUAACAAACCGCUACUAACAUGUGGCAGCUCAGGUUAUUUGAGUAUGCACUCAGCUUUAAGUUCUCAGUCCUCUGUUGAAAGUGAACUCAGUACAUCAGAUGACUCCAUAUCAAUGGGAUACAAACUGCAGGAUUUGACUGAUGUCCAAGUAAUGGCCCGCCUACAGGAAGAAAGUCUCCGUCAGGACUGCGCUUCCAGCUCAGCCUCCGUUUCUCGCCGCAGCUCCAGUGCCUCCUUGCAUUCUUUGCGCAGAGGCACCUACAGUGACCAGGACUUUGACACAUACAGCUUGGAGGAUGAAGAUGAUGACUGUUCCCUUUCCUAUCAUAGCAGCCACAGAUAUUCCCCAUCCCCCCUCAGCUCUCCACGGUGCCAGUCCCCAUCCACAAACACAGACUACGGCAAGGUGGCAGGCACCCGGAUUCGGCCGCCACGGAGAACAAUGCAAAGUUCUAUGCAAGACAGAUUGAAAUACUCUGGGAAUGAAGAGGAGCUGCGGCACAGCAUGCCUAACUUGGCCAGAACAGGCCUGCGCUCCUUGGAAUCUGUAAGGAACAGCCGCAGCUUGGAGUCAGAUCUCCAGGUUCCUAGUAACCGACUCUCCAGAAUCCAACAACCAUCAAGCAGUCUGACAACAAGUAAGCUCCGAUACUCCUCUGGUUCUGGGCAGUCUCCUUUAACAGUCCGACAGCCGAUGAAAGCGGGUUCCUGUACGAAUGCUCUCUUAACACCACGACAGCCCGUUAGAGCCACUGGUUAUGCAAGUCCUACUGGUAGAGUUCGAAAGCUACAGUCUUCCACACUCAACCCAGCUUCUGCAGGCAGUAGUAGUUCUAUGGCUAGAAAUAGUGUAGCCACAGGAGCAAAGAAUUCUGCAGCUAAAACGCGAACGUCUGUAGGGGGAGCACCUGCUCCAAAGAGCAAGCUGAACCAGCCAGCCAAGAGAUUUCCAAAGGCUGGUGUUUCUGCUGAUGACUCUUGGAAAGAUGGGUGUUACUGAGCCAAUGUGGAGAAAUGCUGAACAGCCAAAUCUUGGUGAAGAGGUAGGUGGACCAAAGCCCAGCUGGCUGGGCAGGAAGCUGUGGAAACCCCACCCCAUUGCUACCAGACUUGACCAACUCGGACAACCUUUAUGCGAACUCAGACCACCUCUCGCCUUCGGUUUGACUUGAUGGUGGCAAUUGACUGCCUUUUUGUUCCUGCUGUACUUGCUGUUGAGCCAAGAGGACUGAUAGUAGCAUCUGUAUAUGGAGUACAUACAUAUGGCUCUGAUGUCCACUCUUGGAACUUUUUUCCUCCAUGUGCCCACAGAGAGGGAAAUAAUGUGCGAUGGAGUUCUUGUGCUAGCAAGCAGCUUUGAUUCUUUUGACACUUUGGGGCAUAAUUAGAAAUACUCUUGGAAAAUGUCACCUGGAGCAUCAGAUUUUCUUCUUGGAGACUCAGAGGGUUUUUUUUUACUUGUCCUAUAUUAGGUGUUUCUUCACUACUUUUUAUUAUUGUAGAGGUUGAAUCAGGUUUUUAUAUCUAUUGGUAGUACAAAAUUUGUAUCUCCUGUCACAAAAGUACCAUCACCAGUAAGACUUUUGUGCCAUCAUGUGUGCAGGGUUGCUGUGAAGUCAUUUAGACAUGACUUGCUCUCUCAAACUGGGCAAGACCUUGGUGUUGGGUGGUGGUGCCACAUCCAGAAGCUCACCACAUAUCUGAAGUGUUUCUCCCGUUAUCCUCACCCAAUCCCAGAUGCAAAAACAUUCUGCUUUUGUAUAACUCUUUCUACUGUCUUUUUUUUAAAUGAAGGAACUUGGUUUUUAAACUAAAUCAGUAGCUGCUAAAUACCCGAACACAAAUCAUAUUGAGAAUGCAAACUGGCCUGCCAGCCUAUUUUCUGCCACCAAUGUGACUUGAUAUUGUAGUUAAUAAAUGUGAAGGGGUUAGUAAAACCUUGCCUUCAGUAGCACAGUGUGUCUUGCUCUUCUUUCACUGGCCUGUAUGUAAU